AUCUCACCAGCUUUUUCUGUGUUUUUGUUGGCACACUUUAAAUUGACCAUGCUGACUUUUACAUGUUUGGAUGGGUCCACCGUUCGCAGGCAGGAAUAGGGUUAAACCCACAUUAUGACUGAUUUAGAAGCCUCAGGGAUGAGGGAGCAUCCCCCGCCCUACAUGAUCUUUCUGGUGGUCUUCCUCUUCUUCCUCACUGGACUGCUGGGCUUCCUCAUCUGCCACCUGCUGAAGAAGAAGGGCUACCGCUGCCGAACCGGAGACAUGGACGAUGAAAACGAGGAGGAGGAGAAAGUUGGAGGAAAUGCAGACGAUGAGGAUGAAGAGAACCAGGAUACAGUGGAGCAAAUCCUCAAAUGCAUCAUUGAAAAUGAAGCUAAUAUGGAAGCCUUCAAUGAGAUGUUGGGAAACCACAAUAUCUGUGUGCGACAUGACCCCAGGUUGCGUAAGGAGUCUAUUGGUGGUGUUCCUCCCCAUCACCACACCGUCCACUCAGGCACCGACCACAACUCCUGCCACCUCUGUGCUCAGGUUCGAUCUAAAAAAGGCCGCAGACAAAGUAGAACCCCCCGAUCCAAACAACGACCUGGAGAACAGACUGUCUUCUCUGUUGGCAGGUUUCGGGUGACGCACACUGAUAAGAAGCUCCAUGGAAGUCCCAAUCCAUUGGCCAGUUCAGGGGACCAGCUGGACCAGUCUCAUGACAGCGAGGAGCAGAAAGAGGGCGGGUACAAUCUGAGGAGCAUGUUCAAGGAUGUCCGACCUUCCUCAGAGAGUGCAAAUGGGGUUGCCCCAAAUGUGGGGAAACGAAGGAAGAGCAUGACCAUAUUUGGGCUGAGGCGGAGCAGUGACCCUGUUGGCACAAAAGGAGUGGAAGGGACAAGUAGGGAGACCGAAGGUGUUAAGUUGGCUAUUCAUCAGCAACCUGUAGUGCUGGAGGAACUGGUGCAGGCAGAGAACACUGAGAUUGCCCCUGAACGUGGUACUAAAUCUGGUUCCAAACCUGAAACCGAGCUCUCAAAGAAUCAAACCCCUUCUCUAUCGCGACAUGAGCCUAAAACUGCAGGUUGUUUUAAUUCUGCUUCUUCCCAAAGUAAGAAACAGGCCCAUGACUCUAGCUCUGCUCCCGAGGAUGGCUCUAAACCUAGGCCCAGUCACGAACCUCAUACGAAGCUUACAAUCAAACCUUCAGCUGGGAGUACGGCAAUCUCUGCCCCCAGCUUGCUUCUCAUUCCGUCUCCCACUUUGUCCAAGCAGACAUUUACGACAAUGGAGAGACAAGGAAAAACUGCAGAUAAAGUGUUAAAAGAUGAGGAGGCUUAUGAUCCUUUGCCCAUGCAGACCUCUACACCAAUUGUCCUCAUGCCAGGAUCCAUUCCAGGUUUCACUCCUGUCAUUCCUACUGGUCAGUCUGAAUCCUUUUCUAGCACAGUUUUUCCAGUCAUCCAAACUACCCCUGACGCAAGCUCCAGCCCAGAUCUGGAAGCAGGUUGUGGUGCUAGCCUAGUUUCAAUAAGUUUAGGCUCAUCUCCUCUGUCUUCAUUCCCAAUCAAGACCCCAUCUUCAUUCUCUUCAUUAAAAACUCCUACCUCACCCCAGGCAGUCACACGUACCCCAAAACUCCGGUCAGACCAAACAAUGUCUAGCCAAUCUCCUAUUCCAUCAAAAAUUGCUAGAUCAUUACAAGCCCAAACGUCCUCACCUGGUGUUAGUGCUAACUCCAAACUUGACACCAUGCCCUCAUCGCAAACUCCCUCUUCUUCUCCAGCCGACGAAAACCCAUCCUUCGGAAGUUCAUCUCAUCUGACUUUGAAGUCAGGCAGUGGGAUGUCUGUAACAUCUAUGACCAAAGGGUAUAUGGUUUCAAGUCCAUUAUCUCUAAAGGAACAAGAGCUACAAGUCGCCAGAAUUCACAAGACAGAAGAAAAGACAAAAAUAAAGAGAGUUGGGGUCCUCAAAACAGCUAAACUUUCACAAAUUGAGGGAGGUUUUAGAGGUUCUGCCCUUUCCUCUCCCUCUGAUCAGAUUUCUAAAGACAGAUUGAGCAGUUUGCCUUCAUCACCCUCAAGCCCAUUGUCCCCCUCCUUGCUUGUAGGGAGCAGAAUAAGUAGCAUGACCAUUGUCAAAGCCAGUCCUGACAGUAAUAGAGAGUUUUCUGUUGUUGCUGUUUUGGAGGAUGAAGAAUCCUCUUCAUCAAUAAAAGACCAGAAAGGAGAGACUUCUGAACUUGUGGUUGAAUCUGAAAAAUUGGGAAUUAGUCCAGUAGUUGGUCAGGGAUUAGAAGUUUCUGUUUCAGGUACUGAACAACGUGAGAGUCAAAGAGGAGAGACCUCUACAGCAGAGGUCAGGUCAACGUUGAGCCAAGAGAAAAAUGACAUGGUAGAGAUGGAAGAUAUUAGAGACUGCAAGAUGAUCCAGGUGCAAGAAGCAGAGAAGAUGGAGGAGGUGGAGAAGAUGGUACACACUCAUUUGAAAUAGGACUGAGAAGUGAACUCUCAAGAUAUUGAAAAGUUCCAGCCGUCCUGUGAUAAUCCAAAGAAAGAAGAGUGACACCACUCAGCGGACUAUAGGAAUAGAAAUGUAUUAAUAAUAAAAUUAAGUAAUUAUGAACACACCUUUGAUGAUUUAAUCACGGCUGUGAAUAUAUUGCCUUGGAACUGGACUGGCUGGUUAAAUGACUAUCCAAAUGUGGAAAAUUAUCCAAUUUCACCCAGAUUUUAAUCCCUUUAACCACAAAUCACAUCAACUUUACUUCACAACUAACAAUUACGUCUUUUUGUUUCAGCCGUUUUUAGACAGAUUAGUGGCAUGGCUCUAAGGAUGGAAAUGUCAGUUGGCCCACCACUUUGGUCCAGACUAAAAUAUCUCAACUGUUGGUCAGUUAAUGGUUCCCAGUGAAUCCUACUGACACUGGUGAUUCCUUUACAUUUUCUCUAGCACCAUCCUGAGGUUAACUUUAGUGAAAUAUCUCAACAACUGUUGGGUGGAUUGCCAUUAAAUUUGGUACAGAUACCCAUAGUGGCCAGGUGAUUCAUUGUAAUGAUGUUUGGUGAUUCCCAGACUUUUCAUAUAGCUAUACUAAUAGCUGGAUUACUAUUAAAUUUUGAACAGUCAUUUUUGGUCCCCAGUGGACGAAUCCCACUGACUUUGCUAAUCCCCAGACUUUUCUAGCGCCAUGAGCAGGUCAAAGUUUUCACCUAUCCAGUGAAAUAUCUACUUGAUCGAUUGGCACAAAAAUUUGUGCAAACAUUCAUGGUUCCCAGAUGAUGAUUUCUAAUGACUUUGGUGAUCUCCUGACUCAUUUGGAGCUUCCAUGAAGUCCCCAUUUAUGGUUUUGAAUGAAAGGCUUUAACAACUACAAUAAAAUUUUGUUCAGACACUCAUGUUCCCUUCAGGAUGAAGUUUAUGAUCCUCUGACUUUUCAUUAAGUGCCAUCAUCAGGUCAAAGAUUUAAUUUGUCCAGUACUUUGGUUAAUGACUAAGUGGCUGCUAAACAAAUGACAUUCAUAUCAAUUUCGCCAAAGUCAAAGUCUGGGAGCCAUGAAUACCUGUACAAAAUUUUGCUCCAAUCCACCCAAUAGUUCAAGAUAUUUUUCUAAUGUUGGGUAGAUGGUUGGCCAACCAACUGACUGAAUGACUGGCAAACUAGCAGACAUUGGAAAAUAUUAAUUACUAGAGUCUUGUAUUGAGUUGUGAGAACACCAUGUCUACUUUUAAUUUGACAUUAAUGCAGACUUGAUGAUUACUGUCAUUGAUUACACAACUCAAGGAAGCUUCAAGAAUCUUAAACUAUACUAUUUCACAAUAUGAAAUGAAAACAUACAUACUUGAAAAAAUACAUCCUUAAAUCUAAAAUUAUACAGAAUGCACUUUGAAAAUGUUCAGCAAUGCUGUAAAAUAUUCAUCUUUGAUGAAACUUGUAUAGUCCUUCUGUUAAUAUAGGAUUUCUAACACAUUCCAGGAGUUAUAUUAUGAUGAAAGAAUAUCUUUAUUUGGUUACCCACCUUGCUGUAGUUUGCCUCCUGGUUGGUGAUUUCCUACUUUUGCUAAAAUGUAGGAAAUAUCCAAAUAAGGACUGUGAGCCUGUUGCUCUCCAUUUAAAAGCAAGUGUAUGGAGAUAAAAACACAAUUCAACUUUUGACCCACUAAUAGACCAUAAAAUAAGUGAUGCUGGGUGCAAGGUUUUCCUUUGACUAAAUGCUUCAUAUGUGAUUGACUAACUGGCUGGAUUAUUGGAUUAGAUAACAUCUAGUGUUUGAUUUGACUUGCUAAUGGACUGAUUAUAUUUGAGUUUUUAACCAGAGCUGUGUGCUUAAUUUAAUGAAGCAUGAUUAUUUAUGAAUGUAAAAUGUGCUAAUGGCUGGUACCCUGAUAUCUCAUCUAUUGAUCCUCCUGAUUGUUGAUCAAGAUUAACAGCACAAGCACAAAGAGGGCAACAGUCACUCCCUUCCAUUGCUCCAGGGCUGCUGGCCCAAUGGAAAUACAAUAGAUCAGGUAAGUGAAUUCUUGUAAUUAUGUUUAACCCUAUGCUACAGUUGUAUGCAAAGGUUUGGCGACCCCUGGGCAAAUGAUAUAUUACAUUUUUUUAGAAAUGUAAGAAGUAAAUCCAACUUCUGCAGAGGACAGACAAGGCUUUCUCCAAAUAUUAAUACAAUUUUUGUAUUAGCUGAGAGUCUUUCUGUUCAGCUGCUCUUCCUGCAGAUCACUUCAAGUUCUGAGAUAUUUUAGGCUGUCCUGCACACAUAGCAUGUUUAAGAUCUACCCACAGAUUUUCAGUGAUGUUCGGGUCAGGGGACUGUGGGGGCUGUUCCAAGAGCUUCAGGUGGUGUUUCUUGAAGUACUUCAUGGUGGGUUUUGAGGUCUGCUUUGGAUCAUUGUGCUGUUGAAACCAGCUUCUUUUCACUUUCACGUUCUUGACUGACUACAGGACAUUUGCAUUCAGAAUUUGCUGAUAUUUUUUGGAAUCCAUUCUCCCCUCUAUCUCUGCAGUGUUUCCUGUGCCACUGGCUGCCACACAAACCCAAAGCAGAAUAUUUCCACCACCACGCUGAACAGCUGGCAAGGUAUCAUCAAAUGCAUUCCUCAUGUACUGCAUGAGAAAUGCAGGAAGACGAGAGAGGCUGAGUGGACUGAUUAUAUUUUGCAUUGAGAAUGAACUAGCAGAGAAGUUCGAUUUAGAGAAGACUGUGGAGGACUUCACGGUACACAAGACUCACAGAAUAACAUUCAGACAGGUGAGUGCAACAAAUGACUAAUUGUUGUAUCUCACUGUACAGAGGAGAGCAUAACUACUGUGUUGCCUAGCAACUUAGCGUGUUGUCUGUGUUUGCUGGGUUGCACACUCUGGAGUCUAUGUUGUUUACACAUCUUCACUUUUUCUGCUGCUUUAUUCUGUUGUUAAUUCUAUAACAAGUGGCAGGCUAUUUGAUUUAUGUAGCUUAAUAUUGCUCCCACUGUGGGGUCCAUAGACCUGUAAUUAUUAGCUGUAUGCACAGGCUUCAAAGUGCCUGACUGGAAUUUAUUGGUUGCUUUCGUUGCAGUUCUCACCUGGGAAUUGUGUAUAUGCAUUGAAAUAACAAUGCAUAUAGGCCUGCAUAUGUUCUUUAAUUUAAUAGUUUUAUCAUAUAUUAUUAUUAUCUCCAUAUAACAUUUUUUUACUCCUCCCCCUCCAAAAUGUCCAUAGCCCCAGGGCAUACAGUAAUGUGAACAGAAUGUUUUCUUUCAAUGAAGACUAAAACACUGUUAAGAUGGACAUACAGUACAUUAUCUUUAUCCUGCCCUCUUCAGUAUAUGUAGAUUCUUUCUUGAUCUGUUAAUGUUUCUAUGUUUUUAUUGUGAAGUGUGAUCAUGGUAGAUUGUGUGUCAUCCUCUGCUGGUAACCAAACCCAUAACACCUUCACAUGUUAAAGUGUAUUUCCAUCACCCAUCUUCAUCACUACAGUAAACUGCUGUGUUAUCGUCAACAUAUUUAUCAUUUAGUUAACAACAAACUGUUGUGUUACUUUUCAAUACAGUCUGUGCUCUUUGGAUAACCUGUUGAAAAGUUAUACAUAAUAAUCCUGUAAAUUAAACUGCUAAAAGCAGU